AUGUGUGCAGCCCUCUGGACUUGGUGGGAGGGGGAGAAGUUUCCCCAAAGACAAGCUUGGAUCACUGAGAGAGACGAUGCCUUCCUCCUCUAACCCAGUCUCACAGGCUGCUCAGCGGAUUUGCUGAUUUCCGAAUUUAUUUUCUGCAAGUUAUUCAACGGGACUGAGGAGAUUUUGAGCCAGAGGAUGCUCCCACAGGUCAUUCGGAUUCUAUAUGUCUUGUCUUUCUGCUUUUUCCAAGGAGGCUUUAUCAGACUGAGCUCCUGUAAGGAGGAGAUAAAGCCCCCCAGCAGGGCAGGACCACAGCUGUCGCCUUCUGACUUCCUGGACAAGCUCAUGGGGAGAACGUCAGGAUAUGAUGCCCGCAUCAGACCCAACUUCAAAGGUCCACCUGUGAAUGUCACCUGUAAUAUUUUCAUCAACAGCUUUGGGUCCAUCACAGAAACUACAAUGGACUACAGGCUCAAUGUCUUUCUACGGCAAAAAUGGAAUGACCCUCGUCUGGCAUACAGCGAAUACCCAGAUGACUCCCUUGAUCUGGAUCCAUCCAUGUUGGACUCUAUCUGGAAACCUGAUUUAUUCUUUGCAAACGAGAAAGGAGCCAAUUUCCACGAGGUCACCACUGAUAACAAGCUGCUGCGGAUUUUCCAAGAUGGCAGUGUUCUGUAUAGCAUCAGGCUGACUCUUACCCUGUCCUGCCCUAUGGACCUGAAGAAUUUCCCAAUGGACAUUCAGACCUGUACCAUGCAGCUUGAAAGCUUUGGUUACACCAUGAACGACUUGAUCUUUGAGUGGCUGUCUGAGAACCCUGUUCAGGUGGCUGAUGAUCUCACCCUCCCACAGUUUGUGCUAAAAGAGGAGAAGGAUUUGGGCUACUGCACUAAGCACUAUAACACAGGAAAAUUCACCUGUAUUGAGGUGAAGUUCCAUCUGGAACGUCAGAUGGGCUACUAUUUGAUCCAGAUGUACAUCCCUUCCCUCCUCAUUGUCAUCCUCUCAUGGGUCUCUUUCUGGAUAAACAUGGAUGCUGCACCGGCCAGAGUGGGCCUGGGCAUCACCACUGUACUGACGAUGACCACACAGAGCUCUGGUUCCAGAGCCUCACUGCCCAAGGUGUCCUAUGUGAAGGCCAUUGACAUUUGGAUGGCAGUGUGUCUUCUGUUUGUGUUCGCUGCCCUACUGGAGUACGCAGCAGUUAACUUUGUCUCAAGGCAACACAAGGAGUUCAUCAGGCUGAGGAAAAAGCAGCGGCAGCAAAGAAUAGAGGAGGAGCUGAUGAGGGAGAGCCGAGGAUUUUACUUCCGUGGUUAUGGACUGGGUCACUGCCUGCAGACCAAGGAUGGUGCCGCUGUGGAAGGGGCCACUGUGUUCACUCCCCCACCUCCUGUUACCAUGUACGACGGGGAGGUACUUCACAAGCGUUUCGUGGACCGGGCCAAGCGCAUUGACACCAUAUCCAGAGCCGUCUUUCCCUUGAGCUUCCUCAUAUUCAACAUCUUCUACUGGAUCACCUAUAAAGUGCUGCGACACGAGGACAUCCAUGCAAAUUUGUAA